UGCCACGUGCUUUUAAUUUAUUAUUACUAGUGAUGUCCUGUCCAGGUACGUUGAAUCUAAUCGAAUCCAAGAACAGCCUUUACAAUGCAUCUCUAGAUCUGGAACGACAAAUUAAAAAGGAAGGAAAAAAGAAAAAAAAAAGAACGAAAAAAAGAAAGAGAGAGAGAGAGAGAGAGAGGGGGGGGCAAAUACGUUAAUAUUUAGGUUGAUAAGAAUGGCGCAGAGCUCAGCAGCAGCAGCAGGAGGAAGCCAUUUCUGCCGGGGAUCAAGAACAAAGAAGACCAAAUCAAUCCUCCGUCGUCGAGAAGUUGGACGCCCUGUUCCCGCUGUCUCUUUCAUUAGAAGGACGGAUUUUUCUUCUUCUUCUUCUACAUUUUAUUAUCAUUCAUCUCGCUCUUCGAGGACGCCAGCGUUGAUCAAGAUUCAAAGCGCCCGCAGUGGAGGAGGAGCGGGAAGAGGCGGUGUUGUUGCUGAUGAUGAUGACGACGACGUUGAUUCUGAUGGACCCCAUUUGAUCCUCUCGUCGUCGUCGUCGUCGUCGUCGUCGUCACCGGACGCGAAUACGGAUACGAAUACGAACACCGAUACCAACAACAGCGUUGUGUACCUGGGAGCCCUCUUCGCCUUGUGGUAUAUCUUCAACAUCUACUGCAACAUCUUUAACAAGCAGGUUCUCGAGGUCUACCCUUUCCCUUUGACCGUUACAGCAUUUCAAUUUGCUGUUGGGACUCUCUUUGUACUUCUUAUGUGGACUAUGAACCUCUGCAAGAGACCUAAGAUAGUGUCAUCCCAGCUUAUCGCGAUAUUUCCUUUGGCCAUUGUGCACACAUUCGGAAAUCUUUUCACUAACAUGAGUCUUGGAAAGGUUGCUGUUUCAUUCACUCACACUAUCAAAGCUAUGGAGCCCUUUUUCACGGUCAUCUUGUCUACCUUGUUCCUAGGAGAGGCUCCUACUGCUUGGGUCUUGUUUUCUCUCGUGCCAAUUGUCGGCGGUGUUGCAUUAGCAUCUCUGACUGAAGCGUCUUUUAACUGGGCUGGAUUGUGGAGUGCCAUGGCUUCCAAUCUUACCUACCAAUCCCGCAAUGUGCUGAGCAAAAAAAUCAUGGUCAACAAAGAGGAAUCUCUGGACAACGUAACGCUCUUCUCCAUUAUAACAAUUAUGUCGUUUUUCCUGUCACUCCCAAUAGCUCUGUUUGUUGAAGGCGUCAACUUCUCUCCAUCUUAUAUACGUUCUGCUGCUUUGAGUGUGAGGGAGAUUUAUACGAGGUCCUUCCUUGCAGCUCUCUGCUUUCAUGCUUAUCAACAGGUUGCAUAUAUGAUUUUGGCUAGGGUGUCGCCUGUCAGCCACUCAGUAGGCAAUUGUGUAAAGAGAGUAGUGGUGAUAUUGUCAUCAGUUCUCUUUUUCAGGACUCCAGUAUCGCCUGUUAAUUCACUUGGAACUGGUGUCGCACUAGCUGGAGUAUUCCUAUAUUCAAGAGUAAAUAAUGCCAAAGCAAAGGCUUCAUGAGGACCCCUGGCAAGUGGCCUAGUGGUUGGGGGUUGGCCCAUGGCUCAAAAGGCCAAUGGUCGAUCUGUGUCUAUGACAUGCAUAUCUCUAAUUUUUAACUAUUAGACACAUUGCAAAACUUCUACCAUUCACCCGGGUCUGGAAUGUGAAAGGAGGACCCAAGACCCGGCGUUUACUUGGCUGGAACUGAGACAGGGUUCCUCUCAGCAAAAAAAAAAGAGGCUUCAUGAGGGAGAGGGGCCAUCAUAACAUUUCUUAUCCCGCCGUUUCAAAUACAGUUAGCUUUUUCUUUGAUGUUGUAUCCGUUCUUUCUAAUUUAUUAUUACUGUCAAAAAGAGGAGUGCGAUAAUUAUGUAAUUCUUGAUACCGUGUCAUCUAUUUCCACUGGCACAAUGUACAUUCAUGUAGAAUUUGUUUCUGUGGGUGUUUGCUU